AACGAGUGCGAGUGACGAUUCGAGUACGGCCUCCUACUGCAGAGGAGGCAGCCAGCAAUGGGGAGUUCGCGAUGGACAUUUCCCCCGACGACAGCACCGUUGUCCUUCACAGGAGCAACGGUCAGCUGGAGCAGAUGGAGUUUGAAUUCGACUCCGUUCUCCCUCCAACGGCCACUCAAGCGGACGUGUAUCAAGUCGCCGCGAAGCCCGUCGUCGCGGAUGUGCUGAACGGUUACAACGGCACGGUUAUGGCGUACGGUCAGACCGGUGCGGGAAAGACGUACACGCUCUCGAGCACCAAGCCUCCGCACCUAGGGAUCAUCCCGCGAGCAGCUGCUGAAGUCUUCGUGAUGGCGCGAGCGGACCCGACCCACACAUACAGGGUGUCGAUGUCGUACAUUCAAAUCUACAUGGAAAUGAUUCAAGAUCUGCUGCGUCCAUCGAGCUCCAACAUGCAAAUACGGGAGAGCGAGAACGGGGUGUACAUCUCGGGGGUGGAGGAGGUGGAGGUGACGUGCGUGGAAGAUUGCCUCAAGCUGCUGGCUGUGGGCGAGAGGAACCGCACCGUCGCCUUCACAAAGAUGAACGCGCACUCGUCGCGCAGCCACGCCAUCGCGAUCAUCACAGUGGAGAAGAAGCGGCGGAAGGAAGCGGAGAGCAGCGACUCUGAGGCGCAUUCCGGGCCUGCAACUGCUACAGCGGGGCACGGGAGCGACGAGCACCGCAAGCCAGAGAAGAAGGACAAGAUUCUGGUGGGGAAGCUCUUUCUGGUGGACCUUGCAGGCUCAGAGCGGCUCAAGAAGUCAGGGUCGGAGGGUCUCAGAGCCAGCGAAGCCAAGAGCGUCAACCUGUCCCUGACCGUACUAGGGAAGUGCAUCAACGCCCGAGCAGACCCCCACGCGCACCAUGUGCCAUUCAGGGACUCGAAGCUCACGCGCCUGCUGCAGGAGUCGCUGGGAGGCAACGCCAAGACAUCGCUGGUGAUCAACGUGGCGCCCACCGUCCACCAUCUCAACGAGUCCCUCUCCUCGCUACUCUUCGGCUCUCGGGCGAUGGAGGUGAAGACGAAGGCGAUGGUGAACGAGGAGGAGGAGUACCGCAUCCUCACUCGCACGCUGCAGGAGACCAUCGACGAGCAUGACGACCGCGUGCACUCCCUAGAGGUGGUGGUCUAUUCGCAGGAGGAGCAGCUGUCGCAGGCCAAGGCGAGUCUGGAGGAGCAGAAAGAACUGGUGGAGACGCUGCAGGCGGAGAGGGAGGAGAUGGAGCAGAAGCUGGCUGACGGGGUUGCUGCAGUGGAAGAGGAGUGGGCUGCCAAGUUGGAGCAGGCUGAAGCGGAAGCGACGCAGCGAAUGGAGGAGGCACAGCAGACCUUCACCGAGAAUCUCUCCAAGGCCACGGAGUGCCUUACGAUGGAACGGGACGAUAUGGCCAAAGAGCUGGCAUCGGCCCGAGAAAUGGUGCAGCGGCUGGAGCAGCAGCUGAGGGAGGCGCAGGAGGAGAAGGGGCACCUGGAGGAGGCUUUGCUAAUCGCUUCUGAAUCAGGGGACGGUGCUGAUGGCACUGGCGCUGGGCUGCAGCUGUUGAUGACUGAGAAGGCGGCACGGCAGCAGGCAGAGCAGGAGGUGGCAGCAUUGAGAGGGGAGAUGAGCCGUGGACGGGUGAAGUUGGAAGAGACUGAGAAGAAGCUGGCACAGCAGAUAGAGGAAACCACACAGCGUGUUGAGCAGGUGAGGGCGCUCAAGGCGGAGAGCAAGAGGCUGAAUGAGCUCGUGGUGGCAACCAGCAGGGCGCUCGUGGCAGGAGCAGCCGACGCUGCUGGCAGGGCUCUGUCCUCCCUUGAUUACCACUUCUGUGCUCCCAAGAUCAAGACCUGA